CCGCGUAAGCGGAAAAACUCAAAAACACAUUUAAUCGGACGGCUGUGGACGAGCCGAGAGUAUAUCCUAUUUGAAAAAGUCAUUUCGGUAAAUCGAAUCCAACGGCCCAGGUAGUUGCUUAAUUUUGAAGCAGCGCUGCAUCUUCAAGCUACGCUGCCGUGGUUCUGCCCUAUAUAAAAUUUCAUAGCUUCGCCGUCUUCCAUUCACUGCCUUCUCUUCCUCCUUCCUGCCUCCCCGUGAAGCAGCUCCUUCGGAGAAAACCCUUCGUUCUCGAGGCGUCCCUCCUCGAAUCUCCGGCCAGAAUGGCUCUGCCGAACCAGCAGCAAGUUGAUUACCCGAGCUUCAAGCUCGUUAUUGUAGGCGAUGGAGGAACUGGGAAAACUACAUUCGUGAAGAGGCAUCUGACUGGAGAGUUUGAGAAGAAAUAUGAGCCAACCAUUGGUGUGGAAGUACAUCCAUUGGAUUUCACCACCAACUGUGGGAAGAUCAGGUUCUAUUGCUGGGACACAGCUGGGCAAGAGAAAUUUGGUGGGCUCAGAGAUGGAUACUACAUACAUGGUCAAUGUGCCAUUAUCAUGUUUGAUGUUACAGCUAGAUUAACCUACAAGAAUGUUCCUACAUGGCAUCGUGAUCUGUGCAGGGUUUGUGAAAAUAUACCCAUUGUCCUCUGCGGAAACAAGGUUGACGUGAAGAACAGACAGGUCAAGGCCAAGCAGGUUACUUUCCACAGGAAGAAGAACCUCCAGUACUAUGAAAUUUCUGCCAAGAGCAACUACAAUUUCGAGAAGCCUUUUCUCUACCUUGCCCGCAAGCUUGCUGGAGAUCCUAAUCUUCACUUUGUGGAGGCUGUUGCCCUACGGCCACCAGAAGUACAGAUUGACAUGGCUACUCAGCAACAGCAUGAAGCUGAACUCGCCCAAGCUGCCAACCAACCUCUUCCCGACGAUGAUGAUGAUGCAUUCGAUUAAAGUGUUGCACCCCUCAAAAGCUUGAUCAUCCCUCAUGCUGGUUCUCGCUUGUGUCUUGGUCAUCUCCUGAGUUUCUCUCUUUCAUGAUGGGAUGUGCCCAUUUGUAUUUGCAGGUUCAACUAUCCUGAGAACCUUUCUAAAGACAAACUAGUAGUAGAGUUCUGUUUGAGCAAGUGGUGCACUUUUUUUUUCUGUGGUAGAGUGGAAUUCUUGUGGUUUCGUAUUUGUUGGUGUUGGGUUUGUGUUGAUGUUUUGUUGGAUAUCUGAAUUUUUGGGAACCGGUAUGAUUGGAAAGACGGAGCAGAGUGUGUUUGCCCAUUUGUUUCUCUCGAAGCACUGAAUCUAUUGUGAUUAGUCGGAUCCUUUUGCGAUUGUCGACGGGCAAAACCGAUCCCGUUACUUAGUGGGCCUGGGCCUGCUUACACUGACCGAAACUGGACCCAGUCGUUGGCUGAACGGCCUGACAGACUUGUUAUCUUUUUCCUUAAUGGAUAUGGGCCUGGUUGGUCUUGUGGUCCUUUCUCUAGCGGCUCGGGUCCAAUCAAUUCAAUCGAUUUUAGUGAGGAAACCUCUGAUCUACAAAAUACUAUAAGCGGAUGUCAAUAAAGAGCCUUUGCCACAUAAGCUCUUCCUGCGCAACCCGUACUGCUAGGGAGGACACCCCUGUAAUUACUCAACCCGUCCGUUAAUUAGUUAUAAUAAUUAGGAGGUGGAUUGAAAAAAAAAUACGUUACAGGAGGGAUAAUUGGUGGGGUAGGGUGUAGGGUGUAAGUGUAACGGGUGGGGAGUGGGGUUAAUUCUCUUCUUUUUUUUAUUAUAUAAUAAUAACAAUAAUAAUAUAAUCAAUAUUAUUAUUAUUCUUAAUCCAUGGUUGUCGCACGUAACCGUUCAUCCAACCGUCCCUUUAUUAAUUAUUGUUGAACCUGAACCUUAAAUGUUGGAGUGUUACAUAAUAAGAUAAUUUGUAGGAUCAAUAAUCAAAAUAUACUCAAUCUUAUUCAAUUCAGUCUAGAUACCGAUUCAGUACAAUUUACUUCGAUGUAGACUAGAUGAUUACCCACCUCAAAAAAAAUUGUACCUGAGAUUGCAGUUCCGCGAGUAGUAUUUGGCAAAGUCCUAAACUCCGGCUUUAACUUCCUAUAACUGUAUGUCUAUCAAUUUGUCUAAUGCUUUGCCAAAUAUGAAUUCAAUAAACUAUUAUACAUGAACAAGUUUUAUGCAAUUCCAAUAACCAAACUCCACGUCGGUCCAAUUUUAGGUGAUUCCGUAGCUUUUGAUACUAUAUUGUCCCCCUUCUACUUUGGGUUAGGGAUAUUAUUGCCAGAUAAAUUCUAACUUGGCCUCUUCAUAGAUUAACACCAAUUAUAUACCAAAGCAAUAGAUUUAACCCAAUUUAAACAAAAAUAUGUGCUCCAAUUUGUGGACCGUAGAUAUACAAUGUAAUCUCAUGCUUACCAAGACAAGAAAAACUUACCAUGGUUUCCACAAAUAGUGAUAAGUGCGAUAAUGAUCAUACACCACAAAAUUUGCAUCCCUAAAUUCGAGGAUAAACUAUUCAAAUGUAUAUUCACAGAGACUAAUAACGAAAAGAUGUCAACUGGUUGUUGUGAAAGCCUUUUAUGGAUAGAGAUUGAAAGUCUACAAACAAACGAUAUUAUUUCAAUAAAGAACGAAAUCAUCUAUUUGUUGCCCUAAAAUAGUUUAGACCAAUCCAAGCAAACUUAUAUAUACUGUCAAUAUUUAGUAGGUCAAUUUUCAUGUAUGGGAAUUGUUUCUGAUUUGCGUUUUGCUUAAUGCUUACCAUUCUGCAAGGUGAUCAAUUGGAGUUUCAAUGUGUAACUUUAUAACUUGAAGUUGGUUUAUCCAAUUCGUUCGCAAUUGUCAACUUCUUUAAUUUUAUAUACACACUUUACUUCUGUCAUGAUAAAUUUGGUAUUGUUGA